AUGAAAGAACCUCUACUCCGAAGAAGAGCUUCCGAUGAGCCGUAUCUUGAAUCAUCGUUGCCACCACAACAGGAAAAUGUUUUUCAAACGGUGCCAAAUAUUCCGAUUCACACCACCUUUGAGGGAGACGUGAAUGACAAAAUUGAAAUUGGAAUGAAUGUGAUGGACCACAGUCAUGACCUUACUCAUCAUAUUGAUAUUUUACCUCCUAAUAAUAAUAAUACAAUCUCAUCAUCACUUUUUAACACACCAUUGGUGAGGAGAGGAAGUGUAAUUUCUACAAGUAAUAAUACAUUUGCUGAUGACUCUUCAGCUCCGUACUAUGAAUUGUCGAGUUUGAAAAUUCGAAGAAACUCAAUGACGAGUGACAUGUAUCAAGGAAACAAAUCACCUCGAAAGCAUUUUGUCAAUAAUUAUUUAGAUGAAUAUGAUGAAUUCAAAAUUUGGCAAAGCAAAUAUCCUGAUGGAAAAUACUGUGUAGUGAGUAAGAAAUUUCUACCUGGCGAAUGUUUUAAAAACAAUUACAAAGUCACCAUUUCCAAUUUAGAAGUAUUUCAAAAUAUUUUACGAGAUGUGAGUGAUAUUGAGGCAUUGCUUUGGAAAAAGAGUACAGGUCAAUAUAAUGAAAAUGAUGAAAGAGAGACUAUUAUGGUCAUGUGCAAUGUUGCAGAUUUAGUAUUCGAAAGUUUUCAAUCGAGAUAUGACUAUUUUGCAACGCGAGAUUUAUCUUCCUCAUCAGACAAGAUGUUUAAUCAUCAAUAUUAUCAAAACCGAUUCAAAAAAGAGAGACCAGCGAUGGAAAAUGACUAUUUUGCAGUACACGAUUUAACAUUCAAAGAUUUCACAAAAAAUUGUUGUUAUGCCUUUCUGCUGAUUAUUGCAAUAUUUAUAUUCUUAUUAUUGGCAAGCAUUCCCAUGUGGUUGAUUGAGGGCUCCUAUGAAGCUGAUACCCUCAAUGAAUCUCAAACAAACAUGACGCUGGCAACGAAUGGAACCAUUGUUAGAUAUAAUUUGUUUAAUAUUGAGAAUUGGUAUUACACCAAUUGUUUGUAUUUUAGCACUGUGACAUUCACAACAGUUGGAUAUGGUGACAUUUAUCCUCAUACGUCGCUUGGUAAAUUGUUUGUCAUUUUAUUUGGUUUAAUUGGAUUAGCAACUGUGGGUGCCAUGACAGCCGUACUCGGUCGAAAACUCGUUCAAAACACCAAAGCCAUACUCUCUCUCUUUUCCAAUACCAUCAUCUUUGUCAUUAGAGUCAUCAUGUCCUGCACCUUUACAUCAACACAAGACCGAAUCAACCGCUACGAAAAAUAUGUCACUGCAGUGGUGACACAUCCAGUGAGCCAACUCUUUUAUUUCCUCUUCAUUUUCGCAAUCUAUUCGAUGGUAGGAGCUGUCAUUUUCUCAGUCAUGGAAGGUUGGCAAUUUGAAGAUUCUCUCUACUUUGUGUUCAUCACUCUCGCUACUAUUGGUUACGGUGAUUUGAAAUUGAAACAAACAGGUUCGAAAUUUUUCCUAAUUUUCUUCCUUUUAAUUGGUAUUGGAUUAUUGGGAAUUUUACUUGCCUUAUUGGGAGGAAUCUUUGCGAAUUUAUUGAAAACGUUGUACUUUAAGACCACAAGUCAAGGAGAGAAAACAGUGGCUAACGAUAUGUUUAGCACUCGAUCCGUUCAAGACAAUCUACUACCACAACAACAUUAA